CUGUGUUCAUUGAUAAACCUCGUAAAAUUUCUCGAUCCAUUUGCUAACUUAUAUCAAUAGUAGGACAGUCCUCUAACAAGUUGAACUAAGAAUUUAUAUUCAUUCUACGAUGGGGUAUUUCACCUCAAAAUCGGCUAGGAGUGUUUUCUCUCUCAAGCAGCUGUCCAUUAGUACUGCCGUUGUUUCUUCAAUAGGAUAUGCGGUAUAUCAACUACGUGAACAAAAUGCUGUUCGAUUGGAUCCACCUAAUACAACUUAUGCGAAUCCAUCGAAGGUUCGCUUACCACCAACGGACCGUGAAAGUAUUAACAAGCGUUUACGGGAGUAUGAAAAGUCCGUGUUUGUGAAUCGAGAUGGAAUCGCCAGAUACGACUUUAAUCAGUUAGCAAGUAACGACCCUUGUGAGGAUGACCAUGUGGAGUCAGUCUCAAAAGAUAUUGACGAUGAAAAUUGGUACUUUUGGGGUGUUUUUGAUGGUCACUCCGGCUGGAAUACUUCUUUAUAUUUGCGUCAGCAUUUAGUCCCAGUUGUCGUUGAUGAAUUACGGAAAACAGCAUUGACUGCAAUGCAAAAUAGUGCAUGUCCUUCUGCCUUGAGUUAUGAACGAUCUUUGUGCAAUGCCUUUGAGAAUUUGGAUAAUCAUAUUGUACAUGAGAACAUUGCGACUGUUUUCAAAAAUCCAAAAUCUAUGCAGAAUGCUGCCCGCUUAUUAUUACCAGCAGUUUCUGGUUCUUGUGCCCUUUUAACCGCGUACUCUGCAAAGUCAAAGACUCUACAAGUUGCUUGCACUGGUGACUCGCGAGCUGUAAUGGGUGAACAAAAUUCCAAUGGAAGUUGGAACGCUGUCCCGUUAAGUAGAGACCAAACAGGUGCAAAUCUAGACGAGGCUGCACGUUUGGAAGUCGAACAUCCCGGUGAAACCGUUUUACGCAAUAACCGUAUACUUGGACGGUUGAUGCCUUCCCGUGCUUUUGGUGAUGCAAGGUUUAAGUGGUCUCGAGAUGUCAGUGAACGUUUACAUAGGGAGUACUUCUCGGCUGCUCCCAUUCCGGUGAAAUCUCCGCCAUACGUAACGGCUAUUCCUGAAGUAGAAACAGUAAAAAUAGAUUCUAAGAAACAAAAAUUUCUUAUUAUGGCUUCCGAUGGUCUAUGGGACACAAUGUCUAGUGAACGAGCAGUUGAGCUAGUAGGUCAAUGGAUCAAUUCAGAGUUUGGGAAAAAUCCUGAAUCUAAUAGUUUUUCGUCAAGUACUUUGAACCCAUUUAAUUGGUUCCAUAAAGAAUCGCCGGUUGUAGAUGAAAAUGCUGCCACCCAUCUCAUCCGCAAUGCAUUAGGGGGAAAAGAUGAAAAAGUUUCAGCUCUUCUUACUUUGACCUAUCCUCUCUCUCGAAGAUAUAGAGACGACCUUACAGUAACGGUAGUAUUCUUUGAAGAAAAUGAAGCGUCUUGAAUGUUGUUGGAAGUGAAGGAUUGCAUUUACUACCGAACGGCUAGCACUAUGUAUUUAUCGGCAGCCCAUACAAAACGAACGAGAAACGAAACAGUAUAGCCGCUCUCUUCAAAUGCUUAUAUACUUAUUAUGAUUAUGAACAGCUUAUUUCUUUACGAAUGAAAUGGUACCUUAAGUAUCUAAUUAUUAGCAAUGAAGUAUUAUUUUCCAUUAGCA